AUGUCUGCCAUUGCCAUCAUACCGGGAGCGGGAGCUGCAAGGCUUGCAGUGGGCCGUCGGGCGCCUUUCAAGAGCGGCGUGUCGGUGACUGUCUCUGCUCGUGCGGCCACUUCCAAGGCUUACAUCUGUGUUGACUGCGGCUACAUCUACGAUGGAAGCGAUGGAGCUUUUGAAAAGCUUCCCAACAGCUACAGGUGCCCCGUCUGCUCGGCGCCAAAACGCCGAUUUAAGCCCUACACUGGCGGCACCGGGCGCAACGACGCCAAGAGCAUGAAUGCCCGCUACGACAAGCUGCAGCGGGGCGAGGGCCUGGCCAAGGGCGGCGGCGGCGACAACAGCGGCCUGCUGGUUGGCGUCGCUGCGGGCGCUGUGGCCCUGGCUGGGCUGUACCUGUACCUGUCCAGCGUAUACAACUGA